UGGCAGAUUAAUUAUUUAUAAAGCACAUCUCGUAAAUUUCCAGAUGAUAUCACUGCUGUUCAUUUUAAAGUGGCUCCGACAACUUGCGACUCUUACUAUUGACAAAUUCUGAUUCUGUCCAACAGAUAGACUGUUCAUGAGGUCUUAUCAUUUGGUUAGAGUGGCUCCACCUGUGUAUAUUAGAUGUCUGCACCUUACUUACUGAUUAUCUCUGCUUCUUCUUGCAGCCUGCAGGCAGCUUGGACUGAAGUGUACAGACUGCGAGAUGUUGUGGCAAGUCAGUGAAAAUUAAGAACAUCAUCUAGAGUUUCUGAACACUGUAUGUAAAAAUUUGACAAAGAACUUACUCGAACGACGAUAAUUCUACAUUUCACACAUGUGUGAAAAUCAAUCUCCAAACUUUGUGGCUUGAGAAAAGCGCUUACUUGAGGUGAAAACAUUGACUUUAAACCAUAAUAUUUUUACUGGAAAGGCAUCCUCCAGCACUUAGCAUCAUCUCCUGACCACAUGGUAUGUAGGAUAUCCUGGACAAGAAUCUACUUUGUUCUCGGAAUUGGCGUACAAGUCAGGAUGAAAGGAAGAUUUUAACUCAAAAUAUCCAGUGGUUGACCUACAGAGAAUGUGAGGAAGAUAGAGACUGUGUGUUUUAUCAAAUAGCACAAGCUCUGCCAGUUAUAGAAACAUGGAUGGCAGUAGUUUAGCGGACGAGGAGGCGACUGGGAACACAAGUCGACCUUCCUCCUCGUUAGGACUUCCGCUGACGGAGGGAGCCUACAUCGCCAUCGGUGUGUAUGUGACUCUACUGGGUGCCGGAGCUUUCAUUGGAAAUGUUUCUGUCCUGGUGGUCAUCUUGUCACAAAAGGCAGCUCUGCGCAAACUGCAAAAUUUGUUGUUGCUGAACCUGGCCACCGCCGACCUGCUGGUGACUGUCACCGCCUACCCACUCACCUCUGUGUCCAGUUUUCAUAAACACUGGCUGUUCGGAGAUGUUGGAUGCAAGGUGAGCGGCUUCCUGGUCUUCUGUCUGACCAUGGUCAGUCUCAACACCCUCACAGCCAUCGCCGUCUUCCGCUUUAUUCUCGUCUGUAAGCCCAUGUACCAUCAUCUCCUACGGCCAGAGAGUGCCAAGCCUGCCCUGCUGGCCAGCUGGCUGCAAGCUGCUGUCUGGACAUCUCUGCCACUGUUCGGGUGGAGCCAAUACGUCCCUGAACCCUUCCUGACCUCGUGCACGGUAGACUGGGGCGGACGAAGCGCUAGCAACCUCUCGUACGUUGCCAUGACAAUCAUCCUGUGCUUUGUCGUGCACUUGGUCAUCAUCUCGUUCUGCUACGUGCGAAUUCUCGUGAUAUCGCGGAGACUGACGUUUGGAGUCCGCAAGAACAGCAACAUGAUUCGUCUGGAGGAGGUGCUGUGGCACCACAAGGUGGAGACCGAGCGGAACGUCACACGGAUGUGCAUGGUGAUGAUGGCGACCUUCUUGCUGUGCUGGACGCCGUACGCCUUGCUGUCCUGCCUGGCAAUCGCUGGCCUGCCACUGUCUGCGGCGAUGUCCACGUUGCCGACGAUGUUUGCCAAAGUCAGCUGCGUCGUCAACCCCGUCAUCUACGCCUUCAUGUCGUCCAGCUUCCGCAAGAUCUGUUGGAAGCUGUUUCCACGGGGACAGCGGAACCAGAAUCGCGUGGCCACUGCCGGCAUCGAGCUUCCAGGGAAAUCACAGACGCAGCCACAGCAGCGGGCUCCGGUGCGAGAGUACUGUGGUGACAUGACACGGGCGGGGGUGUACAUUGGCAACAUGGUCAUCAGUCUGGAAGUACAGUCCACCGUCUUCUGACCAGCUCAUACUCACCUGUCCGCUGGGUGGACGGAUGCAAAAGGUCAAGAAGUUCAAAGGUCCGUAUUCUGGACCGC